CCUUUUUAAUUUUAUGGUAUCCUAAAACACAGCAUUGUGUUUACUUGGUGCAGUAGAAGGAAAAUACAGUACAUUCAAAAGUGCCCUUAAUAAGGUUCGCAUUUAAUUUUACAAAUAAGAUGCACAUUUUCAGCUCCAAUAAACUCCGAAAUACAAAUUUGAGAACAGUAAAAUUUAAGUACAAAUGGCUAAUUUGAUUGAUUAAUAGGAAAUGUCACCGAAAUAAGACGUUUUUUUUUGGGGGGGGGGGCGUUUACAGCCGAAUUAAUUUAAGGAGUGACUAUUGUUUUAACAAAAGAUGAGUCAUCGUGGUGAGUUAGAUAAACCUCGGACAUUUAACAAUCCAAAAUAGAAACACUUGUUCCCAACUGACAGCAGUCUCUCAGGACGACAGGACGUCACGUUCACUUUCACCUUACAAACUUGGCGGCGCUCGUGCUCCGGGGGCCCCGCCCAUCCCGCCUUGACGAGCACACGCGGCGCGCGUCCAAGUCAGCUGAACAGUGAGAGUGAUACACGCAACUGAGUCCCAGCCGAGGAGAGGAAAGGAGGGAAGACACGGACCCACACUCCCGCUUCUUCCUGUUCUGUUUUUCUGCGGCAACACAGCGGCUCUGGGGCGCGGGCAGCGAGAGAACGACGGUGUAUCCGCUCCUCCAGCAGCUUCAGGCGGAUACACGGUGGCUGCUUCACUGCAGGUAAACUCACGACUUCAGCUUCAGGAAGGAGAGGUGUGGAGGGAAGAAGAAGAAGAAGAGGAGACGUAAACAUUGCCUUGCCCUGCUUCGUGCAUCACUUCUUCUACUGCUGCUGCUCUGGUGCAGGACAGAGGAGUCUGUUUUGAGCAGGAUGAGGAAAACACCACGCUGCUGUCGAGGGUAAAUAUUUUGGUGAAGUUGUGUUCGGGAUAGCAGGCUCUGCUGCUGCUGCCCACCCUGUCUCCCUGUAUCUCUGUAUCGCUGACUCCCUGUAUCUCUGUAUCUCCGUCUGCCCUGUAUCCCCCUGACUUUGCUGUGUCCCUGCUCUGCGGCCAUGCUGCGGGCUCCAUUCUCAGACCUUUUCCCCACUUGAGCUUCACCUUCCUGGAUUAUCAAGUUCCCAGUGGCCGGAAACUACUACAAAUGCCGCCUGCCCUUUCCUGGUCUAUGGAGAAUCAUUUUGCCUCCUUCGAAAGUGUGGAAACAAAGAUUCAAACGACUAAUUACUAACGGUUAAAUUAUUUGACCUUUUUUCUUUUUCUCAUGACAGAUUAAUCCUAAUGGAAUGAACACAUUCUGAGAUUUCACGUUUUUGAAAGUGGAUAAAGAUCCAAUGUUUUUGAUUCUCUGUAUCGUCAAACCAGUUUCUGGGACCAAAAGUUUUUAGGACAAACAGAGGGAACAUGGCAGUACUGCAUCAUUUUAUUUUUUUUAAACACCCAAUAUAACUGAGUAUAUUAAGACACAGACAUUUUUGUUCAGGUUUGUGACUUGGAAACAACCCUACUUAAAACCUCCACGUUUUGGUUUUACACCAUGAAAACAGUUUAAAGUUUUCACAGUUGUUUUCAUAUCCAAGUUCUGGAUUUUAAGGAGACGAGAUCCCUCCUGACAUUUUGUCAUGCAAAGUGUCUAAAGCCCACAUCGAUCCAGCCUCUGGGUGUCUGUGAUAGUUGGGGAGCAGUCACGGUUCACAGCCAGCGCAGACGGCAACACUACCAUGGGUGCUAAACAGACCAAAGGCCAGGAAGCCGGAGGAGCCAGUCCUCAGCACAGCUGGAAGAGGACUCCUACCAAGGAGCGAGGGGACAUCUUGGCGUCCCUCAUGCUGAAGUCCGGGGACAGAUUGAGCCGCGGUGGGACGCCGCCACCCUACCAGCGACGCAUCGGCAUGAUCCAGGAGAUGAUGCUGAUGGCCAAGCAGGGCAAGCAGGACGAAGCCACAGAGAUGCUGAAAACACUCCGACAGGACCUGGGGAUGGAGUCAACAUCCCUUGAUGACGUCUUGUACCGCUACGCCAGCUUCAGGAACCUGGUCGACCCCAUCACACACGACCUGAUUAUCAGCCUGGCUCGAUACAUCCACUGUCCCAAGACGGAGGGCGAUUCUCUCGGGGCGAUGGAGAAGGUUUGUCGUCAGCUGACCUACCAUCUCAGUCCACACUCUCAGUGGAGGAGACAAGGCCUGCUCAAGAGGAAACCUCAAGCCUGUCUGAAGGCUGUUCUCUCAGCACCUCCACCCAGCGGUGCCUUGGAUCUCUCUGGGAUCCCCCUCACGGCUCGAGACAUGGAGCGUCUGUGUGCCCACUUACAACGCUAUGUGUCCACUGUGGUCAGCCUGGAGCUGGGCUUCACUGAGCUCACGGACGAGGCUUUCCUCCUGCUGCUGCCCACACUGGCUGCACUGCCACAUCUGGAGACCCUGGCCCUGAACGGAAACAGGCUGACCAGAGUAAUUCUCAAGGAGCUGACGGAUGCCCUGAAGGAUCCAGGCAGUUUUCCCAGCGUCACGUGGAUCGACCUCGGGAACAACGUGGACAUCUUCUCCCUGCCUCAGCCGUUCCUGGUCAGCCUGAGGAAACGCUGCCCCAAGCAGGGCAACCUGCCCACCAUCCUGGAGUUCGGUGAGAGUCAGGCCAGUGACCCCCCAGAGAGGCUGAGAGGGCUGGAGGAAGAGGAGGAGGUCACAGACGACACCAAUCGGACUGAGAGCAUGGACGAGCUGCGGUCGGAGGUGGAAGAGGAGCUGGACGGUGAGAUGGAGAUCGAGGAAAUGAUGGAGGAGCUGUUGGAUUUUGACAGGGAAGUGCGGGGCAAGGAGGACGAGGAGGAGGAGAGUAUGUGGACAGUGCAGGAACAGCGGAAGGGGAGGAGAGGUUUGGGGAGGAAAGAAGAGGCUGAGGUCAGUGAAAAAGAGGUGAGGAAGAGGAGAGGGCCGCAUCAGCAGCAGGAGGAACAGCAGCAGCAGCAACAACAGCAGCAGCAGCAACAACAGCAGCAGCAGCAGCAGCUGGGCAGGAAGGCAGUGAUGGAUGAGGACGACACGCAUAGCCUGUCCUACUCCAGCCGCCUGUCCUACUCCAGCCACUCGCAACACUCCUCCGGAGCCACCGAGCCAAUAAGGGUGGCGCAGGAGGAAGACUUGACCGACCAAUCGGACCACUUGACCUGAUUGAUGCUCUGCUUGGCUCUCGCU